CUGUUCCUGAGUUGGAGGAUUCAGUUAUUUCCUGGUUUCGGCCGGCAGCCAUUUUGGGGUUACAGAGAGCUGGUCCAGCGCUGACUGUGUUGUUUUCUUUUGGGGGGGAUUAAUCCCGGGUGUCUGGGGGAUUUCGCUACUCACCCGCUGUGUUUUCCAGUGACUCCUUAGCGGCUGUUUCCCCGGGUGAUUUGGAAGCCGUUUACCCCCACCCCCCGCUCUCUGUGACCCGUUUUUGCUCGCUAGGCGUCGGGUGUCCCCGUGUUUUUUUGUUGUGUGUGUUUCUGCAGAAGCCGGCCGUGAGCUCAGUGACAUGUCCAGCAUGAACCCCGAGUAUGACUAUUUAUUCAAGUUGCUUCUGAUUGGAGACUCUGGUGUGGGAAAGUCUUGCCUUCUGCUCAGGUUUGCAGAUGACACAUACACGGAAAGUUACAUCAGUACAAUUGGUGUGGAUUUUAAAAUCAGGACUAUAGAAUUAGAUGGAAAAACAAUUAAACUUCAAAUAUGGGAUACAGCAGGCCAGGAAAGAUUCCGAACCAUAACAUCCAGUUACUACAGAGGAGCACACGGCAUCAUAGUUGUGUAUGAUGUUACAGACCAGGAAUCCUUCAACAAUGUAAAGCAGUGGCUUCAGGAGAUAGACCGUUAUGCAAGUGAAAAUGUUAACAAAUUGUUGGUAGGAAACAAAUGUGAUUUGACUACAAAGAAAGUAGUGGAUUACACAACAGCAAAGGAAUUUGCAGACUCUCUCGGAAUUCCAUUUUUGGAAACCAGUGCAAAGAAUGCGACAAAUGUAGAGCAGGCCUUCAUGACAAUGGCUGCUGAGAUCAAAAAGCGAAUGGGACCUGGAGCUACAGCUGGCGGCGCAGAGAAAUCCAACGUCAAAAUCCAGAGCACUCCAGUCAAGCAGUCCAGCGGAGGUUGCUGCUAAAACAGCCUGUCAAGCACCCACCCCAUUCCCUCACAGCAGAGAAAUCUCAAUCUGAACCUAAGUGACAAAAAAUUGCCUGAAUUGUACUGUAUGUAGCCGCACUACAACAGAAUCUUACAGUCUCCCCAAAGGUCAGCGAUUGUAAAAACUCAAUACUGACUUUUUUUUUAUGCCCUUGACUCAAGACAGCUAACUUCAUUUUCAGAACUGUGUAAACCUUUUUCUCCCCGUGUGCUGAUUUUUCACCAUAAUGUGUGUAACCCUUGUUGCUUUACUAAUACCAGACUGUCUCCCCUGUGGUUGUUUAAGAUACCUAUUGCUCCCACCCAUCCUCCCAUUUUUGAUGUUUGGCAUGUUAAGGUGUCAGGUUUAGUCUUCUGAAGAUGAAGUUCAGCCAUUUUGUAUCAAACAGCACAACAGUGUCUGUCUGUUUCCAUGCAUCAAUAAAGUUUAGUGAGAUGUUAUAUGUAAGAUCUGAUUUUGCUAGUUCUUUCUUGUAGAGUUAUAAAUGGAACAAUUACACUAUCUGAUUGGCUCUUUUGUCGCAAUAGGAGCCUCCGACCCACUUGCUUUGCAUUUAGUCGCAGGCUCCUCUGGCCAUGUAAGUCUCAAUAGUUUCUUCAUACUCUGCAAAUAUAAUUUGUGGCUGCAGAACAUUGUAAUUUGUUGCACAAAAUGUAACAAACAACUGAAGAAAUGUUUAAUAAAUAUUGUACUUAUUGGAAGUAAUAUCAACUGUAUGGUGAUAAGUAUUGUCUUAAUUUGUUUAGUAAUGGGGAAAUGAAGGUAUUUAGUAUUUCUGCCUGUUUCGGCUGAGACUGCACCCUGUACUUAAUUGACGUUUACAAUUGGUUAUUCAUACACCAAACUAACAAGUGCUUAACUAACCCAAUCAAAUGCAACCACUAUUGUUUAAAAGUGUCUAAUCUUUAAAGGAAAGUUAAAUUAGAUAAUUGUAAGUGACCGAAAUAUACAUUAGUUUAAAUGUACAGUGUUUGCCCUAUUUUAAUCCUAUGGGGAUUUGCAUUGUUUUUAUUUAGUAACGAUUCUGCAGAGGUGUUAAGCAGUGCAAGUAUGACGGUGACUCAUUUUGCCAUUUUAUUUAUGCUGUUUCAUCCUUUCAUUACUUUUAUUAAAGAAUGCCAGUUCUAAGCUAAAGUUAAGUGAUAUGCAUACAGAAUGAAGUGUGACAUAAAAGGUUAUAAAAGUGAGCUUGCAUCUGGGGGGGAAUUGAAUCUUGUAUUUAACAGUGGUUUCAACAGAUUGGAUUAUCAAACUCCUGUCUGAUGUAUAUAGCAUCUAAACCUUUAUGAAUGGCGUAUAAUACUGCUAACUUAUGCUACUUAUACAGGUUGAAAGUUGGAUACCCAUGUGUUUGUCUUAAUGCAAAUAAAAUAUGUUAACACUGAA